GUUACAAUUACCAUGGUCUUACUCUUACCUUACUCUAUAAAGAGGAUUCUCUUGUACGGGUGUUCAUGCGAAUCACCGAUUCACCGACAUGUUUCGGUGUAAAAAGGAACUUCAGAUCUUAAGCAAAGAUGUAGGGUCGGUCCAUUGAACGAUGCUCCUUAAAAUAGUUUAAAUCAGAGACCAAGUGGUAAUGGCAUCAGCUGAAGGGAGGGCUCCAUACACAGCUAAUUAUUUUACUCAUGAUUUCCGUAUUCCCUUGAAUUCUUCAGACCAACAAUCAUUAAAAAAAUUAGUAUCUGAUAGGGAACCUUGUAAUUCUAUUAAUGAUCAAAAAAAUUGCACGCCCCAUGAUCUAAAUCCUGAUAGGUUACCAGACAUGAAGUGGUGGCUACAUGUGAAAAGCAACUUGGGGGGUGAAGCAAAAAAUUAUACAUGUCAAGAUCUGAAUUCCUCCGAGUCUGAACUCUCUGCCUUCUAUGCUGGAUUUCUUGAUGACAAUGUCAAAAAUAGGGGAGAUCAAUCUAUCAAAAACUUGGAUUCUCUUACUUGUAUUGGAAGUGCUAAUUUAUGUGUAGAGCAGCCAGGGCAUGUCUCUCCUACGUGUAUGAAAAACAACAACAAUACCAUAAUGCCAAAAAUUGAGGCUUCAAUGUAUAAUGAUUCACAUUUUACUGCUAAGAAGAAAGAUCAGGGGGAAUUCUGUUUUUCAGAUUAUCAUUUUAUGGACUCUGAUAUUUCCAAUUUCUUGGUCUCUGAACAAGGUAAAGUGACACCAUCUGAUCUGGAAUCACAUUUGAUGGGAGCUGAGAAAACUCGGCCUUGGUGGCGCAGUGCCGCAAAGGAUGAGUUAGCUUCCUUGGUUGCUCAGAAGUCACUUGAACAUGUUGAGAAUUGUGAUCUCCCUCAUCCACAGACUAAGCAAUUUAGGCAGAGACACCUAUAUCCAAAGGUUGUUGACCAUGAUAAGACUCCACCAUCAUCUUUAAACCUGAAAGCUGAUGCUGGUUCUUUCAAUGGGGAUGGUUAUACAUCUGGAACACCCACUUCUGGCUGUUCUGGCCGUUCAUCUCAGGAUUCAAACAAGCAUUUCAGUUCCAGGGAGAGCAAAGAUUCUGGUUCAAGCAACAAAGAUUGCCAAACAAAUUCUGAGAACAGUAGCAUGGCUGAGUUGUUGGAAGCAUUGUGUCAUUCUCAAACAAGGGCAAGAGAGGCUGAGAAAGCAGCACAGCAAGCAUACAGCGAGAAGGAGCAUAUCCUGAGCCUCUUUUUCAGACAGGCUUCACAACUCUUUGCUUACAAGCAGUGGUUCCACAUGCUGCAGCUUGAGAAUCUGUGCCUUCAACUAAGAAACAAAAACCAGCCAUUGCUAAAUCUCUUUCCAGCAACCUUACCCUGGGUCCCAUGCAGUGGAAUGCUGCUCAAGAAGAGUCAUGGCAGAGGUAAAAAGAAGAAGAGUAGUGUCAGAAGAUGUGGGAUUAGAAAAUGUGCUGUUGCUUUUGCAGUGGGUUUAGGCCUUGCUGGUGCUGGUUUGCUUCUUGGUUGGACCAUGGGAUGGAUGUUUCCUUCAUUAUAAAUGACAUCUUGGUUGAGACAUUGACUAACAUUAACGUAUGCUUCUGCUAUGCUCUUCUUGAGUUUGAGUUCUGUUGUGACUGAUAAGAUUCGCAAAAAUGUAUAUAUAUGUGAUGUUUUCCUUGGCUUCCAUUUCCAUCAUUUGUAAAUAUUCAUCGUCCUUUAAGACCCGUUAGUUGUAUAUAUUAAAGAUGACAUUGUGUAGAAGGAAUGCUACGG